CAAAAAACUGAUAAAAUAUUUUAUUUAAUUAUUAGUAAAUAAUAUUUUUUUAAAAUGUAAGCUUAAAUGGCGUCUUGGAACAUAUAACAUUUUUGUGAUGUCAUUCGUGCUUAACCAUUUCACCAAUUGACCAAAACGGACAAUUUUUCUUAUGAAAAGACAAAACUUUGUAAAGAAUAUUUUGAAGGAAAUAUCAAAAGUUCAAACUUGAUAAAUAGUAUUUUUGGUUGAUUUAUAGACGGUUUUCACAAGUUGAAUCGUAUAAAAAGCUGUCGUUGAGGUGGUUCUUGCUUUUUGACUAUUGCAUCAAAGCGAGAAUAAGCGAGCUCGUAUGCAAAAACAACCGUAGGGGCAGAAUUAUUAGAUUAUUGGUAAUUUCCGAUGUCCGAACCUGGAUAUUAAAAGUGAAAAUUAUUUAUAAAUCUCACUGAGGGAGAUUUUUUUCAUGUUCCACGGAUGGAAGGAAAUCCGGCCCGGAGGGCCUAAUUUUGUCUUAUAGCAUAUCCACCCGUUUCUGUCGCCAAAAUUAUCCAAGGUGCCGGCCGAAGAUCUUCCGAAUUCAAUUUGGAAACAUUUCCGACGACGGGGGCGGCCGGAGUUUGAAUUUCACCGCCCCUGCCGCCCCCGUUGAUCAAUAAAUCUCCCCCCUUCUCCCCCGGGGGAGGGAUCCCGGCUGUUCUCCGCCUCCAGCCAAUCGCCCCAGCCAGCCAGAUGAGGCCGAAAAACCACCCCCGACGAACCUUCUUCUAGCCGGGGGCUGAUGCCGAAGAAGCCGAGGAGGGCGGAGAAGAAGCCCGACCCCGCCCCCGCCAAGGCGGAUGAUGAGGCCGUUGUCGACAUCGGAACAAGGAAUGUGAAAAACUGGCAGUUCCUGAGGAACAAGCUCAAUUUCAGCACCGAUCCGGAUUUUGUCGAGUAUCUGUUGUCAGCCGCAGAAAAGUACCUCUGCUCUAAGCUUUUACAGUUUGACAAGAGACCUAAGCCUCCGAACGACUAUAAUGAUGAGGAGGGCCAAGUGCUUUCAGCUCACAGUGCUGAUUCGCAGAAGGAUGAAGGGAAGACAAACAACUUAGACUUAGAGGAUACUGACACAUCCGACACCAACAAUGACAAAAGCAGCGAUAUCGACUCAGCUGCCAAACCUGAUGAUCAAGUCGAAUGUCAUAAAAUAAACAAAAAAAUCAAAAAGAUCACAAUUAAGGAGAACUAUAGAGAAAGACGGCUUAAGGAGCCGCAUAAAAAGCUUGAUAAUUCAGAUGUAGAAGUAGAAGAGGAUGAUCCAAAGGAGGAGAGGCUGGUAAGGAAUAAUCUCGGCAUCAAGCUUUGCUGUUUUUGUGAUUUGAAACAUCCCGACAACUUGUGCCCUCUCAAGACACCGGCAUACGUGAUAAAAGAUCAAGUCAUACUGCAAGAACUGGUGGGGGAAGACUGUGCCAAAGCGACCCUUCCGAGCGAGCUAGAACUGAGAGAGGUAGAAGCUGGCGGUGGACUGGGGGUCUUUACAACAGCGCAUAUAGGAAAGUACACGCAGUUCGGACCUUUGGUUGGAUGUCGGAUCAAAGAGAUGGAAAUCGCCGAUGAUUAUUCAAUGAAGCACAUAUGGGAGGUAAGCCAGGAUUUUUAUCUCAGCACUUCUUCUCCGGAGAAAUCCAACUGGCUUCGGUGGCUGAGGCCAGCGAUGAGUCGUACGGAACGCAACAUAGUACCUAUCGAAAAAGAUGGACAGUUGUUUUUCAUCACCCUCAUUGAUAUUCUUCCAAAUGUCGAGCUUGUCUUCUGGGCUGAAAUGACUGGUUCUUGGGCAGCGAAGAAGAUGGAAAAAACCAGCUGUGGAGGAUGUAAUUUGCAAUUCGAACAUGCCAUGUACUACAGGCUCCAUUGUGCUGUAUUCCACGAGGCCAGUCUGAGCCUCACUGUGAGAAAAUAUCAUUGUAAAAUAUGCGGUAAAGCCGUACUGGGAAAGCAGAACAUAAUGAAACACGCUUUGCUCUACCAUGAAGGGAAAGGGGCAUACCAAUGCCAGUUCUGCUCUAAAUUUUUCCUUCGUCUGAACUACCUUGAGAUGCAUAGGAACUAUGGCUGUUCGGCCAAUCCGCACAGGGCGAGGCCAUUGUGUGACUACUGUGGAAGGAAAUUCUGCCAGCCUCAGAAGCUCAAGGUUCACAUUAAAAGAAUGCACAGUGAUUUAUCAGAAGUGCUGAGGGAAUUUCAGUGCGUCGACUGCCUCAAAGUGCUCGGCUCAAGGGCGGCGCUGCAGAGGCACACAAAAGAAGUGCACAAAAGGCCGUCUGGCGUCUCGUGUGCCAGGUGUUCGAAGACAUUUCAGAACAAGUCGAACCUCAAGAUUCACAUGCUUACUCACUCGGGUGUUAAGCCGUUCAAAUGUCAAGAAGACAGGUGUACAGCAGCAUUUACAACGAAACAGUGUCUUCAGUUUCAUUACAAAAAAGUUCACGGCUUGACUGAAGACCGGUUUCCGAGGAUUGUCCGCUCUGUUGAGUACACUUUCGAGUCAUACGCAGGUGAGAAAGACCAGGAGGAUGACUCAAACCGUGAGGACAGCUUGUCCUCGGAGACGAGUCUCACAAAAAACCCCGAACCCCAGGAGAUCCAGGAAGUCCAGAUUGCUGAUCCCGUCCCGACCUGUGAAGAGACGAGCGUCAUCGAGUACCACCCAUCGAUUGUAAGCAAAGCGAGCAAGAAAUGGAUGGGUGACCACCAUCCUCAAGAAGAUUACACGGAAGAGGCAAAGAUUUAUCGCCGUCCUGAAUCUUCAAACGCCAGUCUUCUUGUUGAGGCAGCUAUUGAUGCAGCCGAAAAAGACCUGAGGCCGGAUUUUGUUGAGACGGCUCCUUCACCCAGGAGCCCGCCGCCUUAUCGAUCCAGCCCAUUGCCUAUGUACCCCUCGCCGAGGUACGAACGCCAGUACCUGACACCACCACACGACCUAGUACAUGAAGACCACAGGUAUAGAGAGGAUGAAAUGGUGCAAAACCUAUCAAAGUACAAAUACGACGAGGAGAUCAACAACAGGGAAAUGUACCACAGCUUCAUACCGAGGUACACAAUGUACGAAUACCCGCCAGAUGUGAUACGUGCAAUGAACAUGCAAUCAGUAGAUUUGACCAUGCCGAGAGGUGGGCAACUGCUUCCUCCUGUCGUAUCACACAUCGAAGAACGCAUGGUAUCUCCGCCGUACCAGCCGUUCUCCCAGGCCUACAUACCGCAGAAAUCUCCACCCUACCAUCAUUACUCUGGCUAUUAUUAAAAAAAUAUUAAUCAAUAGAAUCCUAAAAAACCUAAUUUGUACUAAUUAAAGAACAAUUAGGCAGGUAAUAGGCAAACUUUGCAAUGCAGCCAAACUCCUGAAAAUAACACAAAUCUCACAAAACCAUAAAUGAGACUGAGUGAUUAAUUAAUCAAAACUUUCUUAUAAAAUGAUCCCGCUAUAAUUUAAAAAAACUGUGUAA